UUUUGGGUCGCAGUUUGUCCAGAUAAACCGAGAGAAGCGGUAGCUAUUGAUCUAUCUGAUCUCGCUUAGGGACUUCAAGAUUUUACUAAACUCUUUAAAAACAAAGUACUGAUGAAUAAAUGCAAUAAAUUAGAGUAUCAAAGUGCAUGACAAAAGUGCAAUAAACCGAAGGCAAAGCUUGAAAAGAAAAACAAAUAUUUUGCAUGCAAACCCAGGUGUAAAAGAACUGAAAAACCUAAAUCUGAGAACAAUAAUAAGAGAAAAUGCUUAUUUUCUACGGCAAAUACGCAUUUCUCUUCUGGUUCUUCAUGGGCACCAACAAGGGUGAAGUGCUCCUAAUGCAGCAAAUCUCCCACGACAAUACCCUGCUCAAUGUGACCGCCUGCACCCAGAAUUGUCUGGAAACAGGCAACCAGGACUUUCGAGGCUGUUACAAUGACUGCAAGACCAAUGGAACUGCUCCUGGUCCACUACGCAAAGUACAGGAAAACUUUCAGCUGCAUAUGCUGUGUCGCACAGAGUCGCAGAUAGUUUUUCAUAUAGAUUGGGUACAGCAUCGUGGGGGAAAUGAGACAGCGCCUAAUGUCACCUACAUUAUCAAGGUGGCCAGAGAGAAAAUUACCGAGACGAAGCUUUACUUGUCUGACGAGAACUUCAUUUUACUGACCCACUUGGAGUCAAACUCCAGUCACAACAUAACUGCUCUGGCUGUGCAUGGAGAUGGUAGCUAUUCCCUGAUAGCCCGGGAUCAGAGUUUUGUCACCCUGCAACGUGGUUACCAACCCAGCAAAAUGGGUGCCGUAAGUCUGCGAGGAUUUGUACCCCAAAACAAUGAGACCCAUCGAAUAGCCGCUGAGAUUGAGUGGCAGCCUUCGGCGGAGCGCAAUUGCUACUUCGAUAUGGUGUCCUACUCAACCAACAGUGUGAAUAUGGAUGAACCACGGCAGGUGGAGUUCCGGGAUCUACGGAAGCUAUACAGACACACCGUGGACAACAUGGAAUUCGACAAAACCUAUGUCGUGGGCGUUAGAACAGUGAAUAUAUUAAACCGAUUGGAGAGCGAAGUGGAGUGGCUAACUGUAGAGGCGCCUAGUUGCUUGGACUGGUAUCCCUUUAACUACACACUUUGCGCUCCUCACAAGCCUGAAAAUCUAAGCGUCCUGCAGGAGCAGUAUGAAUACAAUACGUUGGCUCUGAAUAUCAGCUGGUCGGAACCCAGUCUUCUGCCGGACAACUACACACUUCGUAUUUUCGAUUUGUUCCUAGGCAGCAAGGAGGUGAACUUCACGCUGGAUAAGAGCACGACCCACUUCUUUAUACCUAGGAUCACUGUCUUAGGCUCCCACUUCGAGGUGCAUUUGGGGGCUCUGUCUCAGGGAGGCAAGAAUUUCAGCGUUCUGACCCUGGACAAGGCACCACGGGAUGCCUGGUUGAGUGAGGGCAACCUGGUUAAGCUAAUACUCUUCAUCAUUGUGCCCAUCAUCUGCAUUUUGAUGCUGUGCUCCCUGACGUUUUGCAGACGGAAUCGAUCGGAUUGCCAGGCCUUUGAAAUGGAGGCCAAGGAGGCAAAGGCCAGUGAUUUCCACCUCUCGUUGAUGGAUAGCAGUGGCUUGCUGGUCACCUUGUCUGCCAACGAGAGCAUGGACUUCACUGAUGAACUAGAGGUGGAGCCGCGGUCGGUCCUCCUCCAAGAUGUACUGGGCGAGGGCGCCUUCGGUUUGGUUCGACGUGGAGUAUAUAAAAAGCGACAGGUUGCCGUCAAGCUGCUGAAAGAUGAACCCAAUGACGAGGAUGUGUACGCCUUCAAAUGCGAGAUCCAGAUGCUAAAGGCAGUAGGCAAACAUCCAAAUAUUGUGGGCAUUGUGGGAUAUUCCACACGUUGCAGCAGCCGGAUGAUGUUGCUCAUCGAAUACUGCAGCCUGGGUAGUCUCCAGAACUUUUUGAGAGAGGAGUGGAAGUUCCGGCAAGAGCGCUGUGUAGUUGGUCUCAAGCAUAAUCUCGACCAGAACGCAGAGAAGCGGCAGUUGCAGCGACCUAAUCGUCUUUCCAUCCACGACCGCAUAGAAGACAUCAACGGCUCCAUGUUGUCUACUGUGGAGGAGGAAAGUGAGGCUGAUCAGACUCACAACAGCAGCCGAGUGGAGACCUACACACUCACUCGAAUCACAAAUGCAGCGGACAAUAAGGGAUACGGAUUGGAGGAUAUUGAGAAUAUCGGUUCUUAUCAUAAUCAGAAAGUUGUAGCGGCUGCCAAGAAUGAGUCUAAAGUGGAGCAAGGCCAGGAGACCAAGGAGGUGUCCAGUGUGGAGGCAAAGAUAGACAGCAAGAGCCGAACCUUCGAGAACAAGGAAUACUUUGAUUCUCUGAACUCCAUAGAGGCCAAGCCCAGAGUUCCACUGAAAUAUGCGGAUUUACUGGACAUUGCUCAGCAAGUGGCGGUGGGAAUGGAGUUUUUGGCCCAAAACAAGGUGGUGCAUCGUGAUUUGGCUGCUCGAAAUGUGCUGAUCUCGUUGGAUCGCAGCAUCAAAAUUGCAGACUUUGGACUGAGUCGCGAUGUUUACCAUGAGAAUGUCUAUCGAAAGUCUGGAGGUAGUGGAAAGUUGCCCAUCAAAUGGCUAGCCCUGGAGUCCUUAACCCACCAGGUGUACACCAGCCAGAGCGAUGUGUGGUCUUUCGGGGUCUUACUUUACGAAAUCACCACGCUCGGUGGGAUGCCGUAUCCAUCGGUGUCACCCAGCGAUUUGCUGCAGCUGCUGCGACAGGGUCACAGAAUGAAGCGACCUGAAGGAUGCACCAAUGAAAUGUUCGCUUUGAUGGAGAGCUGUUGGUGCUCCGUUCCCUCGCACAGACCGACCUUUACCGGACUCAAGGAUAAACUGGGUGCAAUGAUUGCGGCCACCAAUGAUAUGCCCCAGAGACUGCAGCAACUGCAAGCCAAAAUGGAGUCCUGCAAAGUGGAGCAGAUGUCCUCCGAGGAGGAGCCCUACUUGGAACCUCUGCAAUGAGAGCGUCGCCCAGAUGAACAUCUUAAGUGCAAUAUGAGAUAGUUAUGUAGAAAAUUUUUGGACAGCAACAAGAUAUCCCACAAAUGAAACCCAAUUCAGACAAAGCUAAAUGCAGCUACAUAGAUUUCGCCUGGAAAUAAACAGUAAAAUUAGUUCUAAGUAUA